AUCUGUUCUUCGGUCCAGCGGUGUCCUCACCACGGCUGGUUUCACCAGCCGUCUUCUCUCCCUGGUGCCGGCAUCUUUAGUGUCCGUAGUCUGUGGUCAACUCCUGUACCGUGUCCGCAGUCUCUGGUCAUCUCCUGUACCGUGUCCGCAGUCUCUGGUCAUCCCCUGUACUAUGUCCGCAGUCUCUGGUCAUCCCCUGUACUGUGUCCGCAGUCUCUGGUCAUCCCCUGUACUGUGUCCGCAGUCUCUGGUCAUCCCCUGUACUGUGUCCGCAGUCUCUGGUCAUGUCCUGUACUAUAUAUCUGCAGUCUCUGGUCAUCUCCUGUAGUACAUCCACAGUCUCUGGUAAUUUCCUGUACUAGGUCUACAGUCCAUUGGUUCAGAAUAUUUUUUUCUGGUUUUCCUCCUCUA